CCUCCAGGAAAAAGCUAGAUAACCGGCUCCGCUCCAUAUAUCCUGCGUGCUCAGAUCCCCGCUGAACCAGUUCCAGCAUCCGAACCGACUCGUUACAACCUCACCGCACCGCUCACAUCUCCGCUCCCCGCCAUGGCCAUGUUCCACUUGGGCCUGCACCCCCGCCGCAACUGGUGGGACGAGCUCGAUCCCGUCUCCCGCGUGUUCGACCAGCACUUCGGCCUGGGCCUCCACGCCGACGACCUCCUCUCCCCGACCUUCUACCACCCGUUCUAUCUCCGACCUCGGCGUCCGCAUCGCGAGCAGGCCAGGUCGGGCGUGAGCGAGGUCGUCAACGACAAGGACAUGUUUCAGGUGAGCCUCGACGUGCAGCAGUUCGCCCCCGAGGAGAUCACCGUGAAGACCGUCGGCGACUCCGUCGUCAUCGAGGGAAAGCACGAGGAGAAGCCGGACGAGCACGGAUUCGUCUCGCGGCAGUUCCUGCGCCGGUAUCUCCUCCCGGCCAACGUGAGGGCGGAGGACGUCAAGUCCUCGCUCUCGUCCGAUGGGGUUCUCACCGUCUCCGCGGCCAAGAUGGUCUGUCUCCCCGGUGUUUAUUUAACAGUAAAUUCUGUAAAUAGAUCGUGUAAACAAUUUAUCGAGUAUCGAUGUCGUAUUUUCGCCUGCGGAACCGCGCGGAUGUAA